CCUGUCGAAUGAUAUAUAGAUUAUGGCAGUCAAAUAUAGUUAAAAAAUAAUAAAGACGUUGGGCCUUAUCAGUAACCAUAGGUGAUUAACUUGAGUUAAGAAAAAAUACGACGGUUCUCUAUUUGACUAUUGGGAUUGGUUGAGACUAACGCGUGACCAACGCAUUGGUCUCUCGACCAAUAACAAGCAUCAAAAUUUAACGACUUCGACUUAGGAGUUGCGUUUUUUUUGGACAUUUAAAGGGGGCUGAUCAGUGUCUUGUUUCCCAUGCUUGUGUUAUUUGACGGAAGGAAAAUGAUAAAAUUACUAAUUAAAGAAUUGAUGACAAUAUUACGAAUUUUAUUAUAAGACGCUUACAGACCUUGUAAAAAAUGAAAUUCGAGUUCUCCCAAAAGUAAUUGAAUACUAUGCUCAUAUGUUUCUGCUUGAUUAUUUAAGAGUAAUAAACAUUUGUUUUCAAUAAUUAAACCCGUGUUUGAAAUUAAGUAAGCAUGGCUUCCAAUUAGAUAAUUCUGAAGUAGAGUGCCAAAACUAUAUAAUUUCAAACAACAUAAAAUUUAAGCAGUUCCCACAAUACGGAUUUACCACAAUUUAUGUUCAAAUACUCAUAUUCAGCUAAGAAACAAAAAUAACUUACCAAAAAUCUGUUUUUAUAUUAUCGAGUGGCGGCAACGCGGUCUCACUUACCUAUCAGAAGUAGUUAUAUAAACACAUUUCACCAAACUUGUCUCUUUUGAGAUUAUCGCCACUUGAGCACAACGCUCGAGCCCCCGCGCCCGUACUUUCUUUUCUUUUAUAUUUUAAAUAUCGAUUUGUUGCUGUCCAGAAAAUUUGUACUUUUUAAUUUAUUAUUAAUUUAUUUAUCGUAUACAUUUUUAUUCCUCUUUAUUUCCAUACAUAAUUAAUUUGUUAUUAAAAUACCAUUUCGGCCAGCAACAUUAACAUAAACAAUAAAUAGGUGCGUGUUCGGUUGUUUUAUAAAAAUAAGUUCGUAAGUAGCGCCAUCUAGAAUUGGAGUGAAGAACUGUGUUCAUCAUAUAACUUUGAUAUGCAUUAUAAAGCAGUGAAAAUUAUACUUGAAAUAAUAAUGUUAAAUAAAUGUUUGGUUCAAAGUGAUUUAAUUGAUGUAGAUUCUGACGUUGUGAAUGAAAAUCUACACGAAUAUAGGGAUAUAACAAAUGCAAAUAGCAAAUCUGUGAUAUCUAAACUAUUAAGUGAGAGUAAGUUUAACUCGGAUAUGAUUAAAAAUAUCGGUGGAAACACUGACGCUGUGAACAAUUAUGAAGACAUUACGAUAUUAGACAAUAAUGGUGAAUUAAAAACUUUAAAAUACAAGUCAGCGAUGCCUAAAUUACCUUUGGAAUUACAAAAAAUGGUGAACAGUUAUACAACUAAAAGUGCGAUGACUACGAUUGACGACGAUUUAACUGAAAAAAAAUCGAAAUUCUUCGACGAACUUGGACUGAUACCUCAAACCUGUCGGUUCCGGGGAGCGCGGUACCCCUGCGGGUUGAGCAUAUCGUGCGUGUUCGGGGGCGGGAAGCCCCUGGAUCUCUGCUCUGGAGGCAUGAUAUGGGCCUGCUGUGUUGACAGGGAUACCACCGAACGGCCCAACGAAGCCGCGCCGGUCGUUCAUAAUGCCAGUUGCGGCGAGCAUUUUACCAGGUCUAACAGGAUAGUGGGUGGUCACUCGACGGGCUUCGGCUCACACCCGUGGCAGGCAGCGCUCAUCAAGUCUGGAUUCCUGAGUAAGAAGCUGGCGUGUGGUGGAGCUCUGAUAUCUGACAGAUGGGUGAUUACAGCUGCUCAUUGUGUUGCCACCACACCAAACUCGCAGCUGCGCGUGCGCCUCGGCGAAUGGGACGUGCGUGACGCCGGCGAGCGAUAUUCCCACGAGGAGUUCUCCGUGCAGAGGAAGGAGGUGCACCCCGCGUACGAGCCCGCGGACUUUAGAAACGAUGUAGCGUUAGUCCAGCUAGAUCAUGGUGUUGUGUUUAAACAGCAUAUAUUGCCUGUGUGUUUGCCACAGAAGCAGAUGAAACUAGCGGGAAAGAUGGCGACAGUAGCCGGUUGGGGCAGAACGAGGCACGGACAGAGCACGGUGCCGUCUGUUUUACAGGAAGUAGACGUGGAGGUGAUCCCGAACGAGCGCUGCCAGCGCUGGUUCCGCGCCGCUGGACGCAGGGAGACCAUACACGACGUGUUCCUCUGCGCUGGAUAUAAAGAGGGCGGGCGCGACUCAUGCCAAGGCGACAGCGGAGGCCCCCUCACGAUGAAGUACGAGGGGCGAAGCACCCUCAUCGGACUGGUGUCGUGGGGCAUCGGCUGUGGCCGGGAACACCUCCCCGGCGUCUACACCAACAUACAGAAGUUCGUGCCCUGGAUUGAUAAGCUUAUCAAUCCUUAGGGUAUUACUAAUUGGCCUAAGUUGCUAGAAAAGAAGUGUUAAGUACUAAAAAAUAUAAAGAUUAAGUAACGACUCCCUUUUGAAGAGGGUUCAAAAUAGGAUUGAAAUAUUGUGCUAGCCCCAAUAUUUUAAUGAAUGGGUUUUCAAGUUUGUGGUGUUGAUGCCGGUAAAAAAUAAACAAACAAAUUAUAUUUUUGCGAAAGAUUUUAUCCUUUAGAUAUGGGUAAAAAAUAAAAAUAUUAAAAAAUAUUUCUAUGGAUUAAUUGAUUUACUAGAUUGAUUAAGAAUUUAAUUGUUCAGAAAUCGGAUUUGGACGUACGCAUAGCGUACAAUGAGGCAAUAAAUAAUUACAAUAAAAUAUACAUAUGUACAUAGAUUGUAUAUAAGGAUAUAAAUUAUUAUAAUUUUUAAUGUCGGAUAAAAUAGUGUAAAUUAUAAUAAUAAGUAAAAUUGAAGUCGAUUUUUUUAGAUAGAUUUAUGUACUACCACUGAUCAAAUAACCUCAAAAAUCUAUUAUUUUCUUUUUAUAGUGUGUAAGACAAUAAAUAUUUAAUUUCAACGGUCACUGUACCAUGUAAAUACAAGCUCUAUUAGUUAUAAAUUUAUAAAUCACAAAGUACUACAAAUUGCCGCGAUAGAAUCCGAAAAUUAGUUUAAUUUCAAUGUCUAACAUUCGCGUAAACAUAAGAAAUCAUUAUACUACAAAUUUAUAUUUAAUAACUUAAUAUGUGAGUCAUAAAGUGAAUCACAAGUCACAACACUGAAAAGUCGAAUAACAUUUUCUGUUCGAGUUUUCAAUAAAAAAAAUCAGGUGUAUUUCCCUAAAUUUUCCUGAUACGGCGAUUAUUUGACGUAGGUGUAUUGUUGAGCCCCUGUCUAUGUCUUUGGCAGUUAGAAGUGAGGUUAUGUAGUACUUGUAUAAAAACCUAUGCAUUUUUAUCACUCAGUCUUGAGACCGUAAGAUGUGAUUUAAUUCCAGUAAUGUAAAAAUAUUUAUUUUUAGAAAUAAUUCGUGUUUUGUAUUUUUAUAAAUAAAUUAUUUU